AAAACAUGCAAUUCAGGAGAACCAGUACAAAAUCAAUAGAACGUCCUCAUCGAUCGCAACUCCAACUUUUUGAUAUCCACCUUCUAAAUCUAGUCAAUUACAUUCAUUCAUCAGGUAAACCUUACAAUAAUCAAUUAUCACAUUCACUUUCCCUUUCUUUCAAUUUCAUUUCCGCAGUUUCACUAUCAUUCCCACGUUUUCCUCACACUUCCACAAAAAUCUCCUUCACUGAAAUCAAAUCAUUCAAUUUUGCAGACAAAUUUCAAUUUCCUCCAUAAAUCUUUUGGUUUCUAGCACAAUGAAUUUUUUGAUGCGUUCUACUACGAGCGUUUACUCAGAACGAACGCCGAUUCCGGAACCUCGCGUUGAGGUUCAUCACAGAUCAUCAUCUGCCGGAUCUUCUUUUGAGUCUCAUAAACCUGAUGUUCCUUAUGCGCGUUACGAUUCCAAGGUCGACCGUGGUGGCCUUAAUGAUCUGAAUUCAAAGCAUCGCGAUUUGCCGAUUGUAAUUGUUGAUAAACAUAUUGAUGUUUCUGAAGAAGAAGGAUGGAUCACCAUUCCAUGUAAGGAACUUCCGGAAAACUGGGAUCAUGUGCCAGAUAUCCAGUCUCUGCGUCGUCUUGACCGUUCCUUUGUUUUUCCGGGUGAACAAGUUCAUAUGUUGGCAUGCUUGUCUGCAUGUAAGCAGGAUACACAGAUUACUACUCCAUUUAAAGUUUCUGCAAUGACAAGUAACAAUGGCACAAGUCACAUCUCUGAGAAAGAAAUUGGAAGCGUUGAAAACAAAAAUAAUUUAAUAUCUGGAGAAGGGGAACCGAGUACCAGCGGUGAAGAGCAGCCGCUAGAUGUUUCUGAUUGUGACUCUCUUCACAUGGAGGCUCACAAAAGACAAGCUGCAUCGUUGUUGCAAAAAUGUGAAAAUUCUCACUUCUUUGUGAGGAUAGCUGAGUCCAAUGAGCCCCUUUGGUCCAAAAGAAGCUCUUUAGAGAAAAAUUCCAAUUCUUCUGAUAGUCAAAAAGCCUCAACAAUUAAAACUAAAGAGACUGCGUUCCCUUCUACUGGUACAGUUAUUGAUAGAGGAAAUUUUAAUGCAACUGUUUCUGGUGGAAUGGCGAGAAAUUCUGUCAAGUGUUUUGCUUUACCUAAUGGCGACAUAGUGGUUCUUUUACAAGCAAAUGUUAGUGUAAGUUUUCUUAAAGACCCUUGUAUAGAAAUUCUCCAAUUUGAAAAGUGUCAGGAGAGAAUGCUGUCUCCUGACAAUCAGGUUGAUGCGGUUUGUACAAACCAAGAUCCAUAUGCAGAGCUGUUAAAUUGGAUGCUUCCAUUGGAAAAUGGGAGGCCUCCUACUCGCCCACAAUCUCCUCAUCAUUUAACUUCAAAUUCAGGAAUUGGUAGCACUUCUCAAAGGUCCAAUUUUUCAGCAUCAACUGGCACUCAGUUAUUCUCUUUUGGCAAUUUCAGAAGUUACUCCAUGUCAUCAUUACCCCAAACUACAAGUACACCUAGUGCUCCUGUUAAAGCAGCUAGUUCUAAGCCAAACUUUGAUGUUGAGGAUUGGGAUCAAAUUUCAUCUCAUAAUUUUUUUUGGAAAAAAGUUGGUGUGGAAGAACUUCUAUCUUUUCGAGGUGUCUCACUAGAGCGAGACAGGUUUUCUGUUUGCUGUGGAUUAGAAGGGGUCUAUACACCUGGUAGAAGGUGGAGAAGGAAACUAGAAAUAAUUCAACCUGUAGAGAUUCGUUCUUUUGCUGCUAACUUUAAUUCAGAGGAUCUUCUUUGUGUUCAAAUAAAGAACGUUGCUCCUGCACUUGCUCCAGAUAUUGUGAUAUUUAUAGAUGCCAUAAAUAUUAUAUUCGAGGAGUCUACAAAAAAUGGAGCAGUAUCAUCACUGCCAAUUUCAUGUGUUGAAGCUGGAAAUGAUCAUUCUUUACCAAAUCUAGCCAUCAGGAGAGAUGAAGAACAUUCUUUUAUCCUUAAACCAGAAACUUCUACAUUGAAGAGUCUCAAGGCUCAGGAUGAUAGAAGUUCUCGUUGGUCAAAGAUACCAUAUGGAAAUAAAACAUCAAAAUUAAGUCUUGAUCAGUAUGCAAUUAUGGUGUCAUGUCGUUGCAAUUAUACAUCUUCAAGAUUGUUCUUUAAACAACCAACUAGCUGGCGGCCACGAAUCUCGAGGGAUAUCAAGAUCUCUAUUGCAUCAGAGAUGUCAGGAAAACCUCAUGGAGCUUAUGAAAAAACUUACCGACUUCCUGUGCAGAUCUUAACUCUUCAAGCUUCAAAUUUGACAUCUGAAGAUCUAACUUUGACAGUGCUAGCUCCAGCUUCAUUUACUUCACCCCCUUCAGUGGUUUCCCUAAAUUCACCGACUACUCCGAAGAGUCCUUUCAUUGGUUUUGCAGAGAUUUUAGCUAGAGUAAAUGGUGAAAGAAGUAUUGGUGCCAACCGGAAAAAAAGACGCUUUGAUUCUAUUGUGAAAGAAAAUGAGGAAAAAAGUUAUGAUGGCAAAGCUCAGGCAGUUUCUUCGAGUGAUGAUGUCAUUCCCAAUUCUGGAAUUAGUUGUACACAUUUAUGGAUGCAGAGCAGAGUUCCACUUGGAUGUAUUCCAUCAAAAUCCGUAGUCACUGUCAAGCUUGAACUACUUCCAUUGACUGAUGGCAUAAUUACAUUGGAUUCUUUGCAAAUUGAUGUCAAGGAAAAAGGUGUUGCCUAUUUCCCUGAAUGCUCCAUGAAGAUAAAUUCAACUUCCAGCAUUUGCAAGGGGCUUAUAUAGAACAUACGUUUAGCUGUUUGCAUUUUCACUGGUGCAGUGUAAACAAAAACGGGUGCUUUGAUUCAACUACAUUUCAGAAUUGUUUUUGCAACCUACUCUUGAUGGAUUUUCUUGGAACAACUUUAAAAGUGCUCUUGAUACUUACUGUCAUUGAUUGGCAAACCGUUAAUCACUUGGUAUGGAAUUGUGAUGAAGUUGGCAUUUUCAAUUUGUGUUGAAUUGCAUUGUAAAUCACUAGCUUAAAUAGUGGCUUCUUCUUUUUCUUAUUAAAAUGUUAAAUAGUGGCCUGUUACAAACCCCCUUUAAGGGGAACAUGUAUUCUGUAUAUAUGAUUUUUUGUACUCUUCUUAGUGGAAGAGAGUGUCUCUUGAUACAUUGCAAUGGACUUAGCUGCAACCUAGUGCUUGCCAUUGGCCAAGUUUUUCAGAUUUUUAUACUUUAUUUUUGGCCGAAGGGAAAUGAAAAGGACGAGAAGGUUGGUUAAAUACAUCAAAUUCGAAUGAAAGGCAAAAUUAGCAUUCUCCUUGAGAAAAUGUUGGAUAGUACAUAAAGCGCUAAUUUUCCCUUCUGUGCAAAAACUAUAAUUGUAAGUGAGAUCCUUUUUUGUGUUUUCUUUUUCUUUCAUGAUAUCUUGUUAUAUUUUCUUUCACA